CGGCCGUCGACUCCAGCCUCGAAAAUGAAGAAAAGUAAAUACUCCUUACCAACUGUGUUGGAUGCAAAUAAAUUUCUGAUGGAUGCAACAGAUGCUGCCGUUUUUGCAACAAAUGCUAAUGACUCUGACAAAGAGGGAACAAGUAGUUCUACGCAGGCAACAGCAGCCAUUCAAACUACUGGUUUAUUGGACAUACAACAGCUUUUACCAAGCUUUUCUGCCGCAAGUGGACAGGUUUCCAUGCCGCUGAAAGUAAAUUUUCCUGGACUUGAAGCGUCAACGGUUCAAGCACUACUGGAAACAUGCUGCUGCCGCAUAAACGAAACUGAGGUUAGUGUUCAAGAUUGCAUUGAAUAA